AUAAGAAUAAAACUAAAGACGACGACCGAACGCGCGCAGCGAAGGGAAAAAAAACCAGAGCAAAUUCCAACAAACCUCCGCGCGUGGUGGAUCCAAAUCUUUGCAGGAAAGCCAUUCGGCGGUUUCGUAAGAAAUUGAUUUCUUUAUUGGCUUUUCCAUUUCUCUCGUUCCCUGUCGCUUCUCAUUCUCAUUCUUCUUGAAUUUCUCCCCCUUCUCGUUGCCUAGCGAGAAAUGAUCGGAAAUAGAAAACAACGAUGCUUUAAUUUCCCCCUCCUUUGACCACCUCUCCCUUUCAUCCACCUCUCGCUUUUCGAAAUGGCUGAUCCUGCUAUCUUCUCUUCUUCCUUCAAUCUCCUUCGCCUUUUCUUUCUUCUUAUUUGGAAGGAAGCAUAACGCAGCUGUAAUAAACAUUCAUCUCUCCGAAGGGGAGGGAUGGGGCUCUGCCUCUCAAUUUGGGCCGAAAGGGUGACCGGAUUUGGAAGCACCAACGCGUCCAGCUCCAGCAAAAAUGAGGGUAACAGGUGCCGGCGAGAGAAGCCGCAUGAGAGGCAGAGGGAGAAAAAGAGGGGAAGGAAGGCGGGAAUCAAGCCUGUUCCAUGCGGGAAGAGGACGGACUUCGGAUUUAAUCGGGAUUUCGCUGAUAAAUAUACAAUCGGAAGGCUGCUGGGUCACGGGCACUUCGGAUAUACGUUCGUCGCCGUUGACAGGAUUAAUGGGGAUCAAGUCGCCGUUAAGAGGAUCAACCGGAAUAAGAUGAUUUUUUCUGUCGCUGUUGAGGAUGUUAAACGCGAAGUAAAAAUACUGGAAGCCUUGAGAGGUCAUGAGAAUGUUGUCCACUUUUACAAUGCGUUUGAAGAUGAUGAUUAUGUGUAUAUUGUUAUGGAAUUAUGUCAGGGUGGUGAACUGUUGGAUCGGAUUUUGGCCAAAAAAUACAACCGUUAUUCUGAAAGAGAUGCAGCAAUAGUUGUCCGUCAGAUGCUUAAGGUUGCGGCUCAGUGUCAUUUGCAUGGUUUGGUGCAUAGAGACAUGAAGCCCGAGAACUUCCUUUUCAAGUCGACCAAAGAGGAUUCACCACUUACAGCAACAGAUUUUGGUCUUUCAGAUUUUAUAAAGCCAGGAAAAAAGUUCCAUGAUAUUGUUGGCAGUGCUUACUAUGUUGCUCCUGAAGUACUGAAACGGAAGUCUGGUCCAGAGUCUGAUGUAUGGAGCAUAGGUGUGAUUACUUAUAUUUUGCUCUGUGGGAGGCGCCCAUUUUGGGAUAGAACAGAGGAUGGAAUUUUUAAAGAGGUCUUAAAAAAGAAACCGGAUUUUCAUCGGAAGCCAUGGCCUACUAUAAGCAACAGUGCCAAGGAUUUUGUUAAGAAGCUACUGGUGAAAGAUCCUCGUGCUAGGUUGACUGCUGCGCAGGCUCUGUCACAUCCAUGGGUAAGGGAAGGGGGGCUUGCAUCAGAAAUUCCGUUAGACAUAUCUGUGUUGUCCAAUAUGCGCCAGUUCGUGAAAUUCGGGCGUUUUAAGCAAUUUGCUCUUCGGGCAUUGGCUAGCACUCUCAACUCAGAAGAGCUCGCUGAUCUUCGAGAUCAAUUUGACGCUAUUGAUAUUGAUAAAAAUGGUGCAAUCAGCCUCGAAGAAAUGAGACAGGCUCUUGCUAAAGAUAUUCCUUGGUCAUUGAUGGAGCCUCGUGUUCUAGAAAUUCUUGAAGCUAUUGAUAGCAACACGGAUGGCUUGGUUGAUUUCUCGGAAUUUGUUGCGGCCGCUCUGCACGUGCAUCAAUUGGAAGAACACGACUCGGAGAAGUGGCAACAGUGUUCGAAAGCCGCCUUCGAGAAGUUUGAUAUUGACAAAGAUGGAUACAUCUCAUCAGAAGAACUUCAAAUGUACAUAGGAAUGAAAGGUUCUACUGAAACGUUAUUGGAAGAGGCUGAUAUGGAUAGGGAUGGAAAGAUAAGCUUAGAUGAAUUCCGGCAUAUGCUAAUGACUGCAAGCAUGAAUUCAAGCAAUGUAGCCAGUAUGAGUGUUCCAAUUUCUCACAAGUAGUGAUUAGUUGGCUUUGCAAUCUUCACAGUUUAUGAGAAAAAUCUGAUGGCUUCUACUUCAGCAAACUCACAGUUUUAAAGCUUCUAGUUAUCUUGAAUUCAGUAAUCUGUUUGGUGAGAAGUUUCUGCAGAUAUUUGCUCAUGGAGUCAGUCAAUCAGAGGAGGGGAGCAGCUAACACAGAUUCUAUGUAAGAUUUGGUGAGAUAUGAGAAGGUCCUUUUGCUUGCGAAAGAAGAACAUUUUUUUUUUGUUCUCAAAUGCAUAUUUAUGGGCUUAAGUUGAUGAUUAAUAAUCAUUGAUUGCGGCCGUUGUUUAGAAAGAGGUAGUGUGUAUAAUUUCAGCAAUAUUGGCUUACCGUUCAUGAUUUGUUUGACUGAAAUUCUGAUUUAUAAAAGUAACUGACAAAUGUUUGAGUUGA